AAUCCGCGGCGUUCGGGGCGUGGCCGGGAGCACGUUGGCUCCGCCCCCUGGCUGCUGCCUCGGCGGCUGCGGCGGCGCAGGCUCAGAGCAGACCCCGCCCGGCAAGGAGGAGGGAGGGCCGUCAGUGUCGACAUGCUGCUGGAGGAGGUCCGCUCCGGCGACCGGCUGAGUGGGGCCGCGGCCCGGGGCGACGUGCAGGAGGUGCGCCGCCUUCUGCACCGCGAGCUGGUGCAUCCCGACGCCCUCAACCGCUUCGGCAAGACGGCGCUGCAGGUCAUGAUGUUUGGCAGCACCGCCAUCGCCCUGGAGUUGCUGAAGCAAGGUGCCAGCCCCAAUGUCCAGGACACUUCCGGCACCAGUCCAGUCCAUGACGCAGCCCGCACUGGAUUCCUGGACACCCUGAAGGUCCUAGUGGAGCACGGGGCUGAUGUCAACGCGCCUGAUGGCACCGGGGCACUUCCCAUCCAUCUGGCGGUGCAAGAGGGUCACACUGCCGUGGUCAGCUUUCUGGCGGCUGAAUCUGAUCUCCAUCGCAGGGAUGCCAGGGGUCUCACACCCCUGGAGCUGGCACUGCAGAGAGGGGCUCAGGACCUCGUGGACAUCCUGCAGGGGCACAUGGUGGCCCCGCUGUGAUCUGGGGUCACUCUCUCCAGGAAGAGAACCCCGUGGGGUUAUGUAUCAGAAGAGAGGGGAAGAAACACUUUCUCUUCUUGUUUCUCCUGCCCACUGCCGCAGUAGGGGAGGAGCACCAGUUUGUGGCUUAUAGGUGUUGGUUUUCGGGGUGUGUGGGUAUUUGGGGGACGUUUCUCAUUUGUUUUUCUCACUCCUUUUGGUGUGUUGGACAGAGAAGGGCUCCUGCAGGCCACAGCCACCUAAACGGUUCAGUUUCUUCUGCGCCCCAGGCUGCUGGGGCCUCAGACAAGACCCAAGGGCAGAGCGUUUAAGAGUGAAGUCAUCACCUCCAGGGAGCCUAGAACCUGGUGACCUUGGCUGGCUGUGCUCAGAGACCUGAAGUGUGCACGUUGCUUCGGUCAUAGGGGGUGGGGGGAGAGUCCCAAAUCAGUAAGAAGGUAGAAUGAGUUAUUCAUAUUCUGUUGGAAGCUUGUUUUCCACUCUCUUGUACAGCGUUUUAAAAGAAAUGGAUUCUAUUUAUUAUGCUUUAUUGGAAAAAAAUGUUGUAAUAAUUUAAUGUUUUUACCCAUUAAAUUAAGACUUGUGCAUGAUCACA